AUGGCGGAAGUGGCUGUGUCAUUAGUUAUUGACCAACUUCUUCCACUCAUAACGAAAGAAACCAAACUGUUGAGAGGUAUUCACAAGGAGUUUGCAGACAUUAAAGAUGAACUUGAAAACAUUCAAGCGUUCCUUAAGGAUGCUGAUAAAAGAUCUGCAACAACUGAAGGAAUCAAAACAUGGGUGAAGCAAGUUAGGGAAGCAGCUUUUCGCAUUGAAGAUAUCAUUGAUGAAUAUAUGAUUCUGGUGGGACAGCAGCCUCUUCAUCACGGCUUUCUAUCUUUACUCCAUAAGCUCAAAGCUAUCAUCUCUCGUCGUCGAAUAGCGUCUGAGAUUCAAGACAUUAAGUCAUAUGUACGAGGGAUCAAGGAAAGAAGUGAAAGAUAUGGCUUCCAACGUUCUCUUGAACAAGGACCAAGCAAUUCUAGGGAAAUUCGGAAUUCUAAAUGGCAUGACCCUCGCUUGGCUGCUCUUUACAUAAAAGAAUCUGAAGUUGUGGGCUUUGAAGAGCCAAGGAAAAGAUAG